AUGCUGAGAAGGUUGGCUAGCCAAGACGACCCUAGUCAAGCUCGUGCAGUUCUUGACAGGUCACCAAACGAAAAGAUCGCAGCAGACCAUGAGGCAUUGUUGCGACUGCUGGGCCAUCCGGUACCCUUGAAAGUCGAUUCUCAUGUGCUUACAGAUAAUGAAAAGAGCCGUAUUUACACGGAUUGGAUCAAAGCAGGGAAACCUCACAAUUUGGUCUGCUCAGAGUGUCGAAGUCCAGAUGAUUUGAUGCUUUGCGAGACUUGUUGUAGGUCAUAUCAUGCAAGAUGUCUGUCAGAUCCUGUUACAGCUACAUCUACAGGCAAUUUUUAUUGUCCUUCUUGCAGAGACAAGCGAUGGGAUCAGAUGCUGCCUCAAAUCAGCUCAUUGGCGGCUUCACCAGAUGUCUCUCGGAGCAGCACACCUGUUCCACAUCCAGCUAUAAUGCAUAAUCGCACAGGUCCGGCAUAUGCCCUGAUUGUACAGUCAAGUCCGUCUGUUCAUUCUUCGCCCGUUGAUAGUCAGCAGCAGCACGCACAGAAUGUGCUCAGUAUGGCAUCAAACUCUGACAUCAUGUCUCGAGCGCGACACUUUCUGAUUCAGCAUGGGAAGUUUCCUACAUCUCAAGAUUUUCAUCCCGAGCUCUUGUCGAGUUUGGGGACAAUGAUGUUGGAGCUAGAGGCCCAACAGUUGCUGCUUCAGGAAAUUCAGGACUUGCGAGAGGAAAACGCCAGCUUGAGAAGAGAGGCCCUGAAAACCAAGCCUCACUAUGCCUCUCGAAUGCCAAUAAAUGAAACUGUCCUCAAUUCUCCUUCUCAGCUGGCUCCAAGGAUUCAGACUCCAUCUCCCGAUACGGCUGGAAAGUCAUGGGACAGAAUUGUCAUGGAUUUGAUCUGA